CGGAGCGAUGCGCCCUGCCUCCAGCGGGUGGCGCUCGAGUCCGACUGAACGGCGGCGGCGGGUGGCGGGCACGCGCCUGGGGCGCGCGCGCCACCCCUCUCGCCUCCACCCAACUCCCCCAUUAGUGCACGAGUUUACCUCUAGAGGUCAUCAGGCAGGAUUUACGACUGGACAACAAAAGCACGUGAUUCGAAGUCGUACCCCAUAUUUGGGUGCCUACGUAGGAGGGAACCAAGUACAUGUCCCAGUCAUUUCCAUAAUUCAUCAUAAAUUGUGCAAGGGUGCUAUAGACGCACAAACGACCGCGAGCCACAAAUCAAGCACACAUAUCAAAAAACAAAUGAGCUCUUAUUUUGUAAACUCAUUUUGCGGUCGCUAUCCAAAUGGCCCGGACUACCAGUUGCAUAAUUAUGGAGAUCAUAGUUCCGUGAGCGAGCAAUUCAGGGACUCGGCGAGCAUGCACUCCGGCAGGUACGGCUACGGCUACAAUGGCAUGGAUCUCAGCGUCGGCCGCUCAGGCUCCGGCCACUUUGGCUCCGGGGAGCGCGCCCGCAGCUACGCGGCCGGCGCCAGCGCGGCGCCUGCCGAGCCCAGGUACAGCCAGCCGGCCACGUCCACGCACUCGCCUCCGCCCGACCCGCUGCCCUGCUCCGCCGUGGCCCCCUCGCCCGGCAGCGACAGCCACCACGGCGGGAAAAACUCCCUGGGCAACUCCAGCGGCGCCUCGGCCAACGCCGGCAGCACCCACAUCAGCAGCAGAGAGGGGGUUGGCACGGCGUCCGGAGCCGAGGAGGACGCCCCCGCCAGCAGCGAGCAGGCGGGCGCGCAGAGCGAGCCGAGCCCGGCGCCGCCCGCCCAACCCCAGAUCUACCCCUGGAUGCGCAAGCUGCACAUAAGUCAUGACAACAUAGGCGGCCCGGAAGGCAAAAGGGCCCGGACGGCCUACACGCGCUACCAGACCCUGGAGCUGGAGAAGGAGUUCCACUUCAACCGCUACCUGACCCGCCGAAGAAGGAUUGAAAUAGCACAUGCUCUUUGCCUCUCUGAGAGACAAAUUAAAAUCUGGUUCCAAAACCGGAGAAUGAAGUGGAAAAAAGAUAAUAAGCUGAAAAGCAUGAGCAUGGCGGCGGCGGGAGGGGCCUUCCGCCCCUGAGUAUUUGAGCGUUUAAAGUACUGAGCAGUAUUAGCGGAUCCCGCGUAGUGUCAGUACUAAGGUGACUUUCUGAAACUCCCUUGUGUUCCUUCUGUGAAGAAGCCCUGUUCUCGUUGCCCUAAUUCAUCUUUUAAUCAUGAGCCUGUUUAUUGCCAUUAUAGCGCUUGUAUAAGUAGAUCUGCUUUCUGUUCAUCUCUUUGUCCUGAAUGGCUUUGUCUUGAAAAAAAAAAAUAGAUGUUUUAACUUAUUUAUAUGAAGCAAGCUGUGUUACUUGAAGUAACUAUAACAAAAAAGAGGAAAAAAACACACAAAAAAGUCCCCCUUCAACCUCGUUUAGUGCCAAUGUUGUGUGUUGCACUCCAGUUGUUUAACUGUGCAUGUGAGUGGAAGUGUUCCUGUCUCAACAGCUCCAAGCUGUUAAAGAUAUUUUUAUUCAAACUACCUAUAUUCCUUGUGUAAUUAAUGCUGUUGUAGAGGUGACUUGAUGAGACACAACUUAACUUGUUUGACGUGUAGUGACUAGUGGCUCUGUGACGAAAACUGUGACUCCGAGCGGUGUGUCCCUGCGUGCCUUUGUAGGACCCUUUGCACGAACUCUGGAAGUGGCUCUCAUAAGCUCAGCUUCAGUGAUGUAUGUUUUUGUGAACAAAGUUACAAAUAUUGUCCGAGUCUGGCUGUUUAAGCAAACUGUGAUCAGCUUUUUUUUUUUUUUUUUUUUUUGUAUUUGUUUUUAAGGAAAAAAUACUGACUGGAAACAAAAACAAAAAAAUAAACUUUCUAUUGUAAGUUCUCUUGGUCUGGUUUGUGCCAAAACAGCAAGCGGCUCUUUCUGCUCUUGUGUCUGUCUAGUGCUGGAAGGCAGUGAGUCUGAGGCUACCUGAGCAGCCUGCCUGUGCAAGGAGACCUCAGACCAACACCCUGACCCGCGACCUUACUAACUCUGACCCAUCAGAGUUCAGGGUAGAAGGUGGAAAAGCUGUAGGUGGUUCCAAAGCCUGAGUCCAACCUACCCAUCUCUGAGGAAACCAAGCUAACUUGCUGGGUACCAGGAAAGAAAAAAAAAAAAGAAAGAAAGAAAAAAAAAGAAAAAGAAAAAAGAAAGAAAAGAGGAAGAGAGAGAAAGGAGCACAAGCACAGGGCUUUGUUAGCUGCCCUCAGGGCCCACACAGAGGCUGACUCUUUCCUAAGGUCAUCCUAGGCCUCCACUUGCUGAAGAGGCUGCUGCGCCGGGCUGUGGCAGACCCUCUGCCCCUAACCCACCCAGGCACCCCUUCCCCUUCCUCACCCUGAGCUCAGUUGGCUUCUUUUGCUACAAUUAAUUUGCUACAAAUGGAAGGUACUUACCCCAUCCUAGCUCGAAUGGGAAACUCCUCAGAGCAGCUAAAGUGCAACUAGAGAUUUGCACAUUUACCGACUGCUUACACUGAUGCCGUCUUUCCUUUUAAAAGUUAUAAAACAG